AGUCAAGCUGUUUGUAGGUUUUUUUUGCCUUGCGUCUGUAUCCAGCACUUUCGAGUACCAAGAUGAGGAAUGCUUUACAAGCAACAUGGCUUUUGCCACUAGUACUGGGAGGUGCGCUUCCAUUCCAUGAUGGACAACAGAUUGAAAGAAGAUCAUUCGAUAUUGUCGACAGUGCACUAGCGGGAUUGGGUAGUAUCAAGCAAGAUCUGAUGGCGGGCGGUGCUGCUAUCAACCAGCAGCUAUAUCAAGCCGUGGAACAGCCUGCUCAGUACAAGAAGUGUAAUCCCUCUAACCUACAAGUUCGUCAGGAAUGGUCAACUUUCUCGUCCGUGGAGAAGAAGGCGUAUAUCAGCGCAGUGCAAUGCCUUGCGAAACUACCUCCGAAGACUUCAAAGGAGGUUUGUCCAGGAUGUCGGAACAGAUACGAUGAUUUCGUCGCAAUCCACAUCCAACAAUCAUACAGUAUCCAUGUAACGGGCAACUUCUUCACCUGGCACCGUUAUUUUACCUGGGCUUACGAACAAACACUGCGAAACGAGUGUGGCUAUAAGGGUAACCAGCCUUACUACAGCUAUUCCAGGUGGUAUGCAGACCCGACAAAGUCACCACUGCUUGACGGUUCCGACACAUCGAUCUCGGGCCAAGGCGCACCAGGUUGCCAGAACCAGACUUUCACAGGUAUCCCGCUCAACACCAACGCAUUGAUAAAAAUUCCACACGGAGCCGGUGGUGGUUGUGUAACCUCAGGACCGUUCAAGGACUGGCAGGUCAAUGUCGGGCCACUGUUCCCGGGAUCGGCAUGUGCGAAGUUGAAUGCCAAUCAGAACUUUUCUGAGCCUGCGUAUGGUCUUGCGUACAAUCCUCGAUGCCUUACUCGUGAUAUCAGCGGCUUCACUGGAGAGGGUUGGUUGAAAGACGACGAUGUUGUAUCUCUGCUCAAAAGCCCCAAUUAUCAGAAAUUUUGGGGAGAUAUUCAAGGAGGGAUGCCCAGUUUCACGAACAACUACAUGGGUGUGCACACGGCUGGUCAUUUCAUCAUUGGCGGUGACCCAGGUGGUGACUUCAUGGCUUCCCCCGGCGAUCCGUUCUUCUUCUUCCAUCACGCUUCUAUCGACCGCCUCUACUGGACCUGGCAGAACCUCAAACCUGCCGAGCGUACCAAAGCUUUGUACGGACCCACCUCCAUGCUUGAUCCUACAUCCCCCGCAGCGACCCUUCAGGAUACGAUUACUUUGGGCACGGCAUACGCUGGAAAUGUCACCAUCGAAGGAGCUUCCAGUACUAUGGCGGGUCCCUUCUGUUAUACUUACAUAUAGGUAUAUGACUUUAUAUCGCAGCAAGUCACUAAUCAAUAACCCUAACAGCUUAUCCAGGACAAUAUCUAGUAGUUCUAGGAUAUCUAGUAGCUUUUCUAGAAGUUUUAGGUUUUCUGCUAGAUAUCCUGCUAGAUGUUCUAGAUUGACUAGAUGCUAGCAGACUAGCUUAUUCUACUACGUUACUUUAGUAGUAGUGCUAUUCUGCUUAUCCUAUUUAGGACUAGUGCCUUAGAAUAUCUAGCAGCUUAGGAUAUAUAGUAGUUUUUCUAGAAGUUUUAGAUUUCCUGCUAGAUAUCCUACUAGAUAUUCUAGAUCUACUAGAUGCUAGUAGACUAGCUUAUUCUACUAGAUUACUAGCGUACUAGUGCUACUCUACUUAUCCUAUUUAGGACUAGUGC